AUGUCCAUCAACAUCCCGUGUCUGGUUGCUGUCAUCAUCCUCUACAUCCUCAUCCUCAUCAUCGGCAUCAUCGCUGCCAGGAAGACAAACAAAGCCAAGGACACGGAGGAAGUGAUGAUAGCCAAUCGUAGCAUGGGGCUCUGGUUGUCGUUCUUCACCAUGACAGUGCUCCGAGUGUCUCAGCUGGUUCAUGCCUUAGGUGUAUCCAUGGUUACAUGCUUGAGCAAUGUGUUCUUUCCCCAGGCCUUCUACCAGCGUAUCCUGGCCAGCCAGAAUGUCAGGGUGGCCAUGUAUUCCACUAUCGGCGCCGCCGUCAUGAGUUCUGUUAUGGCCGUCCCACCUGCAUUGAUGGGAUAUGCUGGGGCAGCGGCAGACUGGAACCAAACUUCAUACGACGGACCGAUACCAAUACCAGACGACAGGAAAAGUUACAUCCUGCCCAUGACCUUGAACUACUUGGUGCCACUUCCGGUUUCAAUUAUCGGAAUGAGUGCCAUCUGUGCGGCCGUGAUGUCAUCGGCAGAUUCUAGUUUCCUGUCUGCAGCGACGGUGUUCACUAGAAACAUCUAUAAGGAAAUUAUCCGGACAAAGGCGACAGAUCGAGAGCUACUGUGGGUACUUCGUGUUUGUGUCGUCAUUUUUGGUGUGUUGGGGACGUUGAUUGCCAUUUUUGCUACAACCAUCUACGGGUUGUUUGUUCUUUGCAGGUGGGAAAUAAUACACUUUAUAUUUCGUUAA